GUUGAAAAUUGAAAUAGAUUGAAAUUCAUAAUAUUAAUAUGUAAAUAAAAACUCAAAAUGUUAAAAAUGAAUAGUAGUUGUUUUAUGUGUUUGAAUAGCUCAGAUAAAACUCUAAAUGUAUUUUCCGAGGGAUUUGUAUUCCGUCCUAUUGAUAUUAUUAAAAAACAUUUUUGGUUUACGCCAACAGUAGAUAAUCCAGAAAUAUGCUUGAAUUGUUGGGAGACGACUGAAAAUUUUCAUAAAUUUUAUUUGAGAGUUAAAGAGGUACAUGAAAAUAUGGUGAAAUGUGAGAUUUAUGAUUCAGAAUUAGGAGGAGAUGGAGUUUUAAAUGACGAAAAACAUCAAGCGGAAGACGAUUUGCCUUCAUUUAAUUCUACAGAUAUUUCAUAUAAUGUUGCAAAUAUUGAUAAUGGCUCCAUAAUUGCAAAAUCAGAAAUAUUAGAUCAAAUAGCAGAUGAUACUUUGGGUAAAGUAAAAGAGGAAAUAGAAGUGUACAAUGAAAAGAAGCUUUCUACAAACAAAAUACCGGAUGGCAGAAAGAAGUCCAUCCAGCUAAUUAAGAAAACCAAGAAAAUUAAAGUAAAUACCGCUGAAGAAACUGAAGAAUAUGAUAAAAAAGUUGCUAGUUUUGUGACUCUUAGUUGCGUGAUAUGCUCUUCUACUUUUCCCACAUUUGGUAAAUUAAAAACGCAUUGGAAAAAUGGCCAUAAUACAAAUGGUUACGCCGUUUGCUGUAAUAGAAGAUUUUACAAGAGAAGCCUUUUAGUUGAUCAUAUUGAUACACAUAUUAAUCCUGAGCAUUUUAAAUGUCCUAAAUGUUCAAGAACAUUUACGAAUAGAAAAACUCACAAAGAUCACGUUGAUACAUAUCACGACUUAUCAAAAGUUAAACAUACAUGUGAUUUAUGCUGUAAGGAAUUUUUGUCAAACAAAACAUUAGCUGCUCACAAAAAAACUCACAGGCCUAAAGAAGAGUGGAAAUUCAAAUGUAAUUACAUUGGCUGUGAUAAAAUAUAUGCGAGUCGUCCGAGUUUGAAUAGUCAUAUUCAGCAUGUUCACAAAGUAACAACAAAGGUGUGCGAUUUAUGUGGCAAGAUAUUACAUUCUGAUAAUUUCCACAAACACAUGCGUAAACAUUCAAUUGUUGCUAACGAAAAAGUAGAAUGCCAUAUCUGCAAUUCACUUUUGGGCAAAAAAUAUAUAAAAACUCACCUCAAAAAUCAUGAGGAAGCUAAUAUGGAUCAUGUUUGCCCAACAUGUGGUAAAAAUUCUCCAAACCGUAAGGCUCUUUAUAAGCACAUAUAUGAAGUUCAUCGAUUAAAAAAAUCUCAUCCAUGUACUGUUUGUAAAAAAUCGUUUAAAUCAAAAGAUCUAUUAACACAGCAUUUGCCUGUUCAUACGGGUGAAAAUAAUUUUAAGUGUUCUUUUUGUAGUCGCUUAUUCAAAUUUAAAUCAAAUUUAUGUGAUCAUAAAAAAAAGGAACAUUAUGAAGAGUUCGAAGAGGAGAAACGUAAUCGAAGAAAGAGAUUAGUAAAAGAAAGUAAUACUCGUACUGUAGAUAGCACAUACUCCAUCAGAUUUUAUCAUAGAUUGUUAAAAAUGAGUUGUUGUUUUAUGUGUUUGGAAAAGCCGGAUAAAACUUUAAAUGUAUUUUCUGAUGAAUUUAAGUUCAGUCCUCUUGAAGUUAUUAAUAAAUAUUUUUGGUUUACGCCAACACCAGAUAAUCCUCUAAUAUGUUUAAACUGUUGGAAGGCAACUGAAGAUUUUCAUAAAUUUUAUUUGAAAGUUAAAGAAGUACAUGAAAAUAUUGCGGUAAAAAGUGAAAUAUCUGACUCAAUUGGAAUUAUAAAUGAUGAAAAAUCUAAUACUGGAGCUAAUUUACUUUUAUUUAAUUCUUCGGAGAUUUCAUGUAAUGUUUCAAAUGAUGAUGGUUCUUUAUCACUAAAGUCAGAAAUAUUAAAUGAUUCAACAGGCGAUAUAUUGGGUAACGAAAAAAAUGAACUAUCAGCGCCCAAAGAUGAAAGCUUUUGUCUUAAACAUGAGGAAAAUAAAAAAGUAAAGGUGAGAAAGAAUGUUAGUCGACAAAAUAAGAAAAUAAAGCAUAUUUCAAUAAACAAAGCUGAAGAAUAUGAAGGAUAUGAUCAGAAAAUUUCUAGCUUUAUGACUUUAAAUUGUGUUUUGUGCUCUUCAGCCUUGCCUACAUUUGGCAAAUUGAAAACACAUUUUAAAAAUGAUCAUAACACAAAUGGUUAUGCGGUUUGCUGCAGCAAAAAAUUUUAUAAAAAAAGUCUUUUGGUAGAUCAUAUUGAUGUACAUAUAAAUCCUGAACAUUUUAAGUGUUCUAUAUGUUCGAAAACUUUUAAGAAUAAAAGAGCUUACAAAGAUCAUGUUGAUAUAUAUCAUGACCUCGCAAAAGUUAAAUAUACAUGCGAUAUAUGUACCAAGGAAUUUUUUUCAAAUAAAAAAUUAACUGCUCACCAAAAAACACACAGACCUAAAGAAGAGUGGAAAUUUAAAUGCAAUUAUGUUGACUGUGAUAAAAUAUAUCCAAAUCGUGAGAAAUUAAAUAGUCAUAUACACCGUGUUCACAAAAUAAAAAUCAAAGUUUGUGACUCAUGUGGAAAAAUUUUAAAUUCUGAUCAUUUCCAUGAACACAUGCGAAAACAUUCAGAUGUUGGUAACAAAAAAGUGGAAUGUCAUAUAUGUAAUUUAUUUUUUGACAAAAAGUAUAUAAAGACUCAUAUCAAAAAUCAUGAAGAAGCUAAUAUGGAUCAUAUAUGUCCAACAUGUGGUAAAAAAUCCCCAAACCGCAGAGCACUUUAUAAACAUGUAUAUACGGUUCAUCGCUUAACAAAAUCUCAUCCAUGUACUGUUUGCAAAAAAUCGUUUAAAUCGAAAGAAUUAUUAACGCAACAUAUGCCCGUUCAUACAGGUGAAAAUAAUUUUAAAUGUCCUUUUUGUGAUCGCCUAUUUAAGUUCAAUUCAAACUUAGCUGAUCAUAAAAGAAAGGAACAUUUUGAGGAGUUUGAGGAAGAAAAGCGGAAUCGAAGAAAAAGAUUAAAUACAGAAAAUAAAACCAUAUUAAAUACAUAGUAAUUUAGAUUUACGUAUAUUACUUAUGAAAACAAAUACUAUAAAUUUUGAGUGAUUGUGUAUUUAAACAUAUUUAUUAUGUAUGAUGUGUGUCUGUAUAUAUGUACCUAUAAUAAAAUGAAAUUUUGUAUAACGACAAUAUUACAACUGGAAACUAUUUUAAUUUCUUGUAUAGAUAAUAUAUCACACCUAGUAAUGUGUCCUUGUCCUAGAUAACGAGGGUGUAAUGUAUAUCAUGUUAUGCAAUAAUUAUGUACGCUCAUUAUGUAAGUUUCGAAACGUAUUAAAUUAUCAAAAAAGUUCGUCUUACAUGCACUGAGGACAUGUGUGCGCAAAUAUAUUUCGUUUGUAAAUCCGAAUUACCCAAAUUUUUAGCAUUUUCUGAGUGUUCUUUUUCUUUUUCAAAAAAAAAAUUUUUAGACAUUUUUAACAGAAUAAGAACGAAUUUGUUGACAACAUAUGCGAAACAUUAUUUUUUAAAUACCAAAACUAGAAUUACUAGAAAUUCCAGGUUGAAAACGGAAAUCGUUGACGGUUGCAGCUCACCGCUGUGGUUCUGCUUU